AUGUCACCAAAAAUUUCUAACACUGUUUUUAAUAAUAUCGAAACAGCCGAAAAACGUAUUGCAGAUCUACGAACAAAGGUGGAAGAAAUAAGGAAAAUAAAAAUUGAAAAUAAAAUAAAAGAAUUGACGCAAGAAAACUCUGUUUUAUCUGCAAAAGUAGAACAAGCGAAAAAUGAGCUAAUUCGACUUGAAACACUGAAUGGUAAGAAGCAAUACUCAAUCCCAAGUAAGCAAACGGUUGAUAGCUCUGCAGAAAAACAUAUAUUGAAAGUAAAACAGCCGGAAAAAACCGUUGAAGUAGUUGAAAAUCACAAAGAAAAAAAAGUUAAGGAGCCAUUGAAAAAGUGUAAAGAGAAGCCUAACCCCACCUCUAAUGUUGACACUCCCGUAGAUGUAAGAAAAUUAGAUUUCAGAAUCGGAAAAAUUGUAGAAAUAAAUAAACAUCCAGAUGCAGAUUCUUUAUAUGUUGAAAAGAUAGACUGUGGUGAAGAAAAUCCAAGAACAGUGGUAUCAGGAUUAGUAAAUCAUGUACCCAUUGAUGAAAUGCGUGACAAGCUUGUGAUGGUUCUUUGUAAUUUAAAACCUGUCAAGAUGCGAGGAAUUACAUCUGAAGCAAUGGUCAUGUGUGCAUCAUCUGAUAAGGUUGAAGUUCUUAUCCCACCAAGUGCAGCCAUCCCUGGUGACCUAGUGCAUUGCGAGGAUUACCCGCGCGAACCAGAAGUCCAAUUAAAUCCUAAGAAAAAGAUAUUUGAGAUUUGUGCUCCGGAUUUAAAAACAAACAAUGAAAAAGUUGCAUGCUACAAGGGAAGCCCUCUAAUUGUACCCGGGAAAGGACCUAUAGUUGCCCCUACAUUAAAGGGAGUAAAUGUAAAAUAA